AGUACAAUAUGUUGUCUUUAAAUAGAAUUUCGUUUGUAGUUAUUAUCAUCACCUCAUCAAGUAACAAAAAAACUAACCAAGAUAAACCACACAUUCAAAUCCCAAUAUAACUCGAUCUUCCCUAACUCCAUCACUAUUCAACACCAAUGGAGGCUAUUUCAUGGCUAGUAACCUUUGCCGCCACACUAAUUUUCACUUACCACAUCUUAUACAACCGCAAGCUAAACCUCCCACCCGGCCCAAAACCAUGGCCCAUCAUAGGAAACUUCAAUCUUAUUGGCCCACUUCCUCACCUGUCCAUCCACAACCUCUCUAAAAAAUAUGGGCCAUUGAUGAUGAUCCAUUUAGGAUCCGUACCCGUCUUAAUAGGGUCCUCCGUUGAAAUGGCGGAACUAUUCCUUAAAACCCAUGAUUUAGCCUUCGCAGGGAGGCCUAAAAAUGCAGCAGGAAAGUACACAACACAUGAUUAUUCAAAUAUAACAUGGUCACAAUACGGUCCAUAUUUACGUCAAGCACGAAAAUUGUGCAUGACGGAGCUUUUUAGUGCAAAAAGGCUUGAUUCAUUUGAGUAUAUACGUAUAGAAGAGCUUAAUUUAAUGUUAAAGGGCGUAUAUGAGGUUGAAGGGAAACCAUUAUUAGUAAAAGAUUAUCUUUCUAAUUAUAGUUUAAAUGUGAUUAGUAGGAUGGUUUUAGGGAAUACAUAUGUAGAUGAUAAGGAAGGGAAAUCUAUAAUUAAGUCAAAAGAGUUUAAGGGGAUGCUUGAUGAAUUGUUUUUAUUAAAUGGGGUGUUUAAUCUUGGGGAUUGGAUCCCUUUUCUUAAGUAUGUGGAUGUGCAAGGCUAUGUGAAGAGGAUGAAGAUUUUGGGGAAGAAACUUGAUGGGUUUAUGGAGCAUGUGUUAGAUGAACAUAAUGAUAGAAAGGAUAAAGAGAAGGGAAAUUGGGUGCCUAAGGAUAUGGUGGAUUUGUUGUUACAACUUGGUGGUGAUCCUACCAUUCAAAUUGAGCUUGAUAGGAAAAGGAUUAAAGGAUUCAUUCAGGAUUUGAUUACCGGAGGGACGGAAAGUUCGGCAAUUACCGUUGAAUGGGCAAUGACCGAACUCCUUAGAAAUCCAGACAUCAUGGAUAAGGCAGUCGAAGAACUUGAUUGUGUAAUCGGAAAAGAGAAAUGGGUUCAAGAGAAGGACUUACAAAACUUACCUUACAUUUGGGCAAUAAUAAAAGAAACACUUAGAUUACAUCCUUCAGGGCCUUUUCUGGUACCUCACAUGUCUAGAGAACACGUAAAUAUCAAUGGCUACGAUAUUCCCAAAGGCACACUAGUAUUUGUCAACACUUAUACAAUCCAAAGAGAUCCUAAAGUGUAUGAUAGGCCCGAGGAAUUUCAGCCUGAUAGGUUUAUUGGCAAGAAUAUAGAUAUUACAGGUUUGCAUUUUGAGUUGUUACCUUUCGGAUCAGGAAGAAGGAUGUGUCCCGGGUACAAUUUAGGUAUCAAAGUCAUAUGUUCAAGUUUGGCUAAUCUUCUCCAAGGGUUCACAUGGAAAUUACCAAAUGAUAUGAAACCUAAGGAUUUGGAUAUGGAAGAGAAAUUUGGUAUUUCAAUUCCUAAGAAAAAUCCUCUCAUUGCAUGUGCUGAGCCUAGACAUCCACAUCAUCUGUAUAAUGUAUGAUUGAUAGAUAUCAAUAAGUCGUCUAUCAUCAUGUAUAAAGUGGGGUAUAGCAUAGGACCUCAAAAUUUAAAUAGGUGUACAUGUUUUUGGUUUUAUUAAUGUGGAGCCUAAAUGAAAAAAGAAAAAGAGUAAAAUAUCUAUGUAUUGCAACAAAGAUAAAAUAACGACUAAAAUGACAUAAGGAUGCAUUUGGGAAUAAAUAUUUUAUUUUAAAUUGUAGAUUUCGAUUAUAAAAUCAAUUGAAGAAUUUGAGAAUGAUAAGGUUUGAU